GAGAGACAACUCACAGGAGCUCUAUGGUAAUUGCGGUUCUCUGGCCUUAUGGGUAGAGCGCGGUGCCUGCCUGGCUGACAAGCUGCUAUAGUAAGGAGAGACUUUCCUGCGACGAGGGAAGAGGGAACCUGGGGACACGCGUGGACGGAGAGUGAGUGGCGGGCAGGGAAGGUCAGGUUCUGGGCAAGAAGCACAAUGCAGACAGAACAGACAGCAUCUGAUUAACUUGUAAGCUCUGCCAGAGCUGUCCCGCCGAUGUCUGUGCCCCAGGGAGACUGAGCAGUGACCUGACCGCCCAAACCCACAUCGGUGUCUGUCGGGCUACACUGCCGGAGCUCGGCGUGGCGGUGCCAGGGAGGGACGGGGGAGUUACACUGCAGCGCAGGGCUGGGAGGCUGCAAUCUGCUUUCCCUCGCACUAAACAAUAACAGGAACAAGCCUGUGUCGUGAGAAUACAGCAGCCAGGCAGGGAGGAUCCCCUGUGGGGGUGUCAGAGGCUUGUGGUGAGGAGUGCUGGGAACUGAGGGGGAGCAUAAACCGGGGUACCCCACACAGUGCUGAUCUACAGAAGCUGAGGAGGGAGGAUAUCUACUUUAUAGAGAGGACAUAGAAGAGGAGAUGCAUUGGAUAAGGGGAAUUAGGGCGCAUUUUUAGAGAGAGGGUACCUUUAAGAAAGCAUCAGCAGAAAGUGAGUGCAGAGAACAACAUGGCGCUGUCAAAGUACUCUGUGUAGGGGGGAAGCACUACCCCUCCCCUCUAGCCGGCCACCUGCAGCCCGAGCUCCCAGGGACGGAAGCAACUGCUUGGUUGGGCUGGAAGGAGAAGACAGCAAAUCGCAGAGCAGGGGAUCACCGCAAGGAAUAGAGUUGCUGUUUAGUUCUAUCCGUUGUCAAACUUGGAAAAUAACUGAAUGCUGAUUCCAGGAGUACUCCCUAGUAACCACACACAUGAUCCCUGGAGCACUUCCCAGUAACCAGACAUCUGAACCCAGGAGUACUCUCUUGUAAUGGGACGGCUGAUCCCAGGACUACUCCAGUAAACCAGACAUCUGAACCCAGGAGUAGUACCCCACAGUAAAAGCAGACGUCUGAUCCCACGAGUGCUCCCGUGUAACUGGACAGUGGAUCUCAAGAGUAUUUCCCAGUAAACGGACAGCUGAUCCCUGGAAUACUUCUCGGUAACUGUACGUCUGAUCCCAGGUGUACUUCCUAGUAACUGUACAGCUGAUCCCAGGAGUAUUCUUCAGUAACUGUACUCCCCUAUAACCAGACGGCUGAUCCCAGAAGUACUCCCUUGUAGCCAGACGGCUGAUCCUAGGAGUAUUUCCCAGUAAGUGGACACCGGAUUCCAGGAGUACUCCCCUGUAACCAGAUGGCUGAUCACAAGAGUAGUCCCCAGUAAGGAUAACUGAUCCCAGGAGUACUUCAAAGUUACUGGGCGGUUUAUCCCAGGAUUACUCCUCUGUAAAUGAACAACUAAUCCUAGGAGUAUUUCCCAGGAGCUGGACAAUUAAUCCCAGGAAUAAUCUUUCCCCUAUAACUGGAAGCCUUAUCCCAGGAAGGAUCCCAAGAAUAAGAUAUUGAAUUCUUUGUGCAAGGAUUGAAAAAUAGGCUUCUUUUCUGUACGGGGACACAUUGAGAAGAAAGGGAAGGCUGCAGUGUUACGGGGCGACAUGCUUUCGGCAACCCCCCUCUAUGGGAACGUACAUAGCUGGAUGAGCAAUGAGAGGGUCCGCAUGUGUGGCAUCAAUGAAGACAGGAAAAUUCUAAUUAAUGAUGGUGACCUUCAGAAAGCUAGACUUGAACUGAGAGAGGAUCACCUUGGUCACAGCCUGGUGGAUGCUGCAGCUGUGCAUCGCAUGGACGGCCUAACCACUCUCGGCAUGGACCGAAAUGGACUUAUGCAGGAAGGUUUGAGGGUACCAGGUGUUAUGGUCUACUCUAGUCUAUGUGGCCUAGGCACAGAGAAAGUCAGAGAACCUUCCAAUCCCAUACCAGGCCUUGGAUAUGCGCCUGAUCGAAAUCCUGAACUUCAGUUCAAGCCAAAUGCUGGUGAAACAAUGGAGAGCGCGCACAUGAAUGGAAAACAGCCCAAUGGCUUUAACUCUUUGUUUAAAACACCACCUGGACUGCAGAAAACAUCUGUCCCUACAAGUGAAUCACUGGUUAUGGACAGAACAGCUAGUGACAAGCAGAGUCCUCUAGGUGUUAAUGGUGCUAAUUAUUUAAGAAUUCCAUGGGUGCACCCCUACAUGGACAAUACAUCACCGGCUAUGUACCCCUUCAUCGAUUCACCAAACAAGUAUUCAUUAAACAUGUAUAAGGCAUUUCUACCUCAACAGUCCGCUUACAGUUUACCACAGCAUUUGACCUAUUCGCCUGUAUGCCCAAAUGGUGAACGCUUUGUAUACCUUCCACCUUCCCACUAUGUAACACCUCACAUUCCGUCAACAUUGGCACCACCCAUGAGGAUACCUGCACCAUCAGCAGCCUCUGCUGUACAUUGUUUAGAAAAGAGUUUACCUUGGAAAAUGGGAGUUAAUCCUGGGUCUGUUGACGCUCAUGGAUAUUCACACAUGCAGACCAAUAAGCAGACCAGGGUUCCAUGUUCAAAGUCUGUGACAAGCAGUAUUUCACCAGAAGCCUCUUUAUUAUUGGCUCCUUCUCAAAGACCAUCGCCCAGGCUUCACCAUCCAGCUCAGCCAGUUGGGGAUAGCUACUCAGAUUUUCAAGCGUCAUUUGUCAAAAUCUCAACCCCACCUACAUCUGUUGCUUACACAAAAGCACAUACUAGUGUAAGCAGUGACCACACACUUCUAAGGCCAUGCAGCACAAAGACUAACAACAAAAUUAUUGAGUGUGAUAAUAUACAGAUGCAAGCACCCUCCAAAAAGCAUACAAAGGAAAGAAAGGAAAGCAAGUCUCCUAGUUUAAUAGAAAAACAAACACCUCACAAAGAUGGAGAAAAGCCACUUGAUCUGUCAUCAAAGCUUGGUGAUGCUGAAAUGUCAACAAUGUUGCUUUCAGGGCGGUCAGGGACUAACCUGGGAAUAGGCACUAGGGACAUUCAAAAAGAAGCCAUCUCUUCUCCAGGAUGUGGUAAUGCUAUAUUUACACCUGAAAUGAUCAGCACUGCUUCUUCGUCAUGGGUAGUACCUGGUAUGAAUAGUACUGAAGACAUGAGUGGCAUCAUUAUGCCCCUUAAAAUGAAAGCGUUAGAGAGGGUUAUGCCACAGCAGAGGAGUUCCUCAUGUCCCCGCAUGGGAAGCUCUGAUGGAGUCAUUACAAGCAAUUCCGGAUGCCUCUCUAGUGCAGGUCGUCCAGCAUCUGCUUCACCUGCUCCAAAUGGAAAUGGGGAAAGUAAAAAUCCAACAGACAGUAAUAAAUCUGUUAUGCAACAAAAAGUUCAACCAGCUAGCACACUUUGUAAAGGCAGCAAGGUAGCAAAACCUUCCAUCUUAGAAUCCACCAUAAAAGUGAGUGAAAGUAGCCUGCCUCCAACACACAUGUUUUUGCCUCAGAAUGAGCCCUUCUGCUCUUCUCCAUUGGCAUAUCCAAGCAGUUUUAUUCCAUAUCAGGUUUCUGAGAGCCUUGCAUUAUCACAUCUACACUUGCAUGGAAAAGCUCCUGUUUAUCCUCACCCUGUUUUGUUGCCCAAUGGAAGCCUUUUUCCUGGUCCAAUGGCACCUAAACCUGGUAUUCCCUACAGCAUACCAACUAACAGAGAUUACAUGACCUAUCAAGAUACCUUGAGCAUGGUCCACCCAAUAUUGCUACCACCUUCCACAAUGGAAGUAAACAAAGAUGACAAAGCAGAGAGACGAUCUAGAUCACACGAGAGACCUCGGUAUGAGGAGACAGGUGGCAGACUGCUGGAUAUAUCGAAUUCAACACCAAAACUUAUUUUUGAAGUUCCUUCAGAUAAGACAUUGAAAUCCCACCAGUCAUCUCAGUUAACAAGUAAACAUGCUUCUAAAACAGAGAUGUUGUGUUCUAAAGAAGAAAGGGAGACAAAAUGUGAUUCUAAUUUCCCCAUCAAUGGUUUCAUGCCUGAAAGACAUGUUCUGAAUGACCUGCAGAAACCAGAGCAAGGAGUACUACACAGAGAUGCUAUGAUAUCUAGAGAUGAGAAUCCAAAAAAUGACUAUCAUGAUUCUUUUCAGGUUCCCAAACCUACUCAGAACUCCCCCGUUUUUCACUUUAGACAGGAGAACGUCUGUGGAAGCCAAACCAUGGACUGUGCUACAGCUGAACCAUGUGCUCGCUUCAUGGUAUCUAGUCAAACUAAAGAUGCACUAGCUGGAUUUUAUGGCAAACCACAAGAAAAAUCAAAGCCCCUUCUUAUGGCAAAUGGGCAUUCAGAUACUGAAAUGGCUGAGACAGUUGUGAGAGAUAGUACCGAUGAAUUUGAAUCUAUAAAUGGAAAUCUUCUGAAAACAAGACCCGCAAAUUUAACCAGACGGAUAGCAAAUUCUGCCGGCUAUGUGGGUGACCGGUUUAAAUGUCUGACCACCGAAUUGUACAUGGACUCAAAUCAACUAGGCCGUGAGCAAAGGGCUCUGCAGAUGGAAGGCAUACAAGAGGACAGUAUUUUAAGUCCACCUGCUGCUUACUGCGAGCGUGCAAUGAUGCGCUUCUCUGAGAUUGAAAUGAAAGAGCGGGAGGACCACACACCUACCAAAGACUUGCAGGCUUGCAAAGUCAGUCAUUCCGAAGUAAAGUCGGCAAUAGAGAAUAAUAAGCCAGCCGUCACAGCCCUGGGAGAGUCUAAUAUCAGACAACCUGAAGGUGAUCUGAGGACGGCUAGUGGCAAUUUCAUUGAUACUUCACAGUAUUUAAAAAAAGAAGUCCCCAUUUCGGAAUGUCAUUUGGAGAAACUAGUUUUCUAUGACGCAGCAAAGCAGAAAGCAGAGCUCGCAACGGACAUAAGCACCCAGGGACAAUUUGUGGGGCUGAAGCGGAAACACCCUUGUGAGUCAUUGGCUGACGAUUUUGACAAACGUUUAACCUGCGAAGAGUCCGUGCAGGAAGAUGCCAGGGUGAAAAGGAAAAAGCCUGAUGACUGGCCGGAAAGAGACCUUACAGAACUUUCCUCAAAAACCCUGGAAGAGUCCCACUGCAAUGAGGUCACAAACUUGAAGGUGUGUAUCGAGCUAACAGGACUGCACCCCAAAAAGCAACGGCAUCUGCAGCACCUCAGAGAGCUGGGACAGCUUUGCAGGAAGGAGCUCCCUGAGUGCCGUGAGAUCACAGACACUGAAAACAAGCAGAGGAUCCUGGAAGAAGAGCCAAUCAAGGCUAAAACUGAAAGCAAAUGCUCAGAGGAUUUUAAAAACUGCAGUCCUGAAGAAGACGUUUCUGUGUCUCCGCAUACGAAAAUCUUUCCACUCUGCUGCCCAAGCAGCAAACGGCAGAGUCAGCCAAACCCCACUCCAGCCCCUCGGUUAACAGCCAAGCAGCAGAAGAUUAGAGAUGGCCGUAAGACGUGUGUACCAUGCACAGAGGAAGAGAGGGCUCUCCAAGUCACGUCAUUGCUUGAGGAAUACACAGAGUGCGAGAAGCCCUCUGGAAAACGACAGUGCAAGACAAAGCACAUGACACCACAGGAGAGGAGGAGGAAGAGAUUGUUUCUAGGUGGAGAUGACAGCAUGGAUAUAAAAAGCGCAGAGGAAAAGGUCACCAUACGGGCGUCCGGAAAACCAAUUGAGCUCUCGCCAGACGAUGCCCCUGUAAAGAUACCAGAGCAGCUGCCUUUGCUACAGGCCUUAUCGCAGAUGUCUCCACUGCCCAAUGCCCUGCAGGAUACUACACCUAGCCGCCCAAUGCCACCUGAAGCACGUCGUCUCAUUGUCAACAAAAAUGCCGGAGAGACUCUCUUACAAAGAGCAGCACGGUUGGGAUAUGAAGAAGUUGUCCUUUAUUGCCUGGAAAGCAAAUCCUGUGAUGUCAACCACCGAGAUAAUGCAGGGUAUUGUGCAUUACAUGAGGCUUGUGCAAGAGGCUGGCUAACCAUCGUCCGUCAUCUCCUAGAACACGGAGCAGAUGUCAAUUGUAGUGCACAGGAUGGUACCAGGCCAAUCCAUGAUGCUGUGGAGAAUGAUCACUUAGAAAUUGUACGUUUAUUACUGUCCUAUGGAGCUGACCCUACUCUGGCAACGUACUCUGGGAGAACAAUUGCCAAAAUGACGCACAGUGAGAUGAUGGAAACCUUCCUAACUGAGUACUUAACGGAUUUGCAGGGGCGAAAUGGAGAUGACCCCGGACUUUCCUGGGAUUUCUACGGCAGCUCCGUCUGUGAUUCAAAAGACGAAAAUGGAUUUGAUAUUUUGGCAAAUCCGCCUGGUCCUGAUGAUGACGAAGAUGGCUUUAUAGAUGCCUUUGAGUUUGAAUUCUCAGAUAGCCCCCUACUGCCUUGCUACAAUGUCCAGGUCUCUUUCUCAAAGGGGCCAAGAAACUGGUUGCUUCUGUCAGACGUAACCAAGCGGUUAAAGACGUCCUCACAGUCUUUUAGCAUAGAGAAUCCUCACCUUGAAAUAGCCAGUAUUUCUGAAGCCGAAUUCUACAAGCAGGUUUCGCUAAGCCAGCUCUUUUCUUCACCAGACGAUCUUGAAGGCUUUAGUCCAGACAGCAAAGAAAUGCUCGAGCUGGUGGAAUUUACAAGUGAACUGCAAACAUUACUUGGAUCCUCCGUUGAGUGGUUGGAUCCUGAAGGAGACACGUCCUAUGCCAGCUGUUAAAAAGCCAGACCCUUACCUAAUAGUGUAAUAAAAUGAUUCCUUAUUUGUGAAUAUGUGCUAUAAAGAGAGAACACUAUUCUAUAUAAACCAGUGUAAAAUAAAAUAUAUAUAUCUAUAAAUCUAACAUGGGACUGUCUUUUUCAGAAAACCUAAAUAGAUUUAUAUGGUCCUGAAGAGUUCAGUGCACAUUUUGCUUUGGAAGAUAUAAUUUUGUUUUUACCUGUAACACUUUAUUUUAUUAUUAUUAUAUUUUUUUUUUUAUUAUUACUUUGACUUUUUUGCAAAGCACUGAAGGCACGAAAGAUACUUUAUAAUUCGUAUGCGAAAAGUCAUGUGGAAAAAGGAGUGGCACUUCAUGACGUUUUUAUGUUUACAAAAAUUACCUGUUUUUUGGUAAAUAAUGUUGGAUAAAAUCCAAAUUUUUUGUAAUAUAAAUAAAAUUAUAAAUAUAUAUAAAUAUCCAUAGAAAUUUGUUUUGAAGUUUUGUAUUCUAAUUUAAAAUCUUGGAAAUUUAGUUUUCACACCUAAAUUUAGUGUGUGCAUAUCUGUGUCUGUAUAUAUGUAUACAUUUAUAUGUACGUGUGCACACACCUCUAUACAUAUAUAAAUAUAUACAUACGUUCAAACGUUUUAUGCUCUUAAUUUAAAAAAUAAAGACCAUGAGCUAUUUUUUUUUCCUUUUGUAAGAUAUUAUGACUGUAUGAUAAAGUGUUGCAGUCCAGCGAAAUUGUAUAUAAACUAAAAUAAUUUCUUGAGAUGUGUGUGCAAUGUUUUGAAAUCUGUGUUUAAACUUUGUAAGGAAACCACCUGCCUUUGUAUUUAUAUUUUACAAGACUUUUUCUUAAAAGGCAAUAAAACUGUUCAGUA